AUAAAUCAUUUUUACUAAUACAUUUUUUUAUUUUUAAUAAUAUAAAACUAAAAAAUUCAAUUUUUUUUAACUUAUUUUAGAUAUACAUUGUUAGAAUAUAAAUCUGAUGACAAAAUGAAUAUAUAUGUAAGACCUCCUGAUCCUUUAUCUGAUAAUGGAGAUAUUGCUCAAAAUUGGAAGCAAUGGAAAAAAGAUUUUAUGAUAUUUAUGAAUGUAACUAAUUCAAUGGAUAAACCAAAAGAACAACAAGCUUAUCUUUUAAGAAGUUAUAUAGGAAAAAUUGGUCAAAAUGCUAUAGAAAAAAUUAUUUCAACCAAUUUGAAAGAAAGAGAUGAUAUGAAUGUAUUAUUAGCAAAACUUGAUAAAUAUUUUUGUCCUUCUAAAAAUGAAGUUAUUGAAAGAUAUAAUUUCUUUAAUUCAAAAAAAAAAAAAGAUGAAUCUAUUGAAACUUAUAUCACUCAGUUGAAGAGUAAAGCAAAAACUUGUAACUUUGGAAAAAUAACAGAGAGUUUAAUUAGAGAUAAAAUAAUUAUGGAAAUCAAUGAUAAAAAUCUAAAAACAAAAAUUUUUAAUACAGAAAAUCUCAAUUUAUUAACAUUAAUAAAAAUUUUUAAUGAACAUCAAAAUUUGCAAAAAAAAAAAGAAGAAAACAAGAUAAAAAAUGAUACAAGAAGUGAUAAUGCAUCUUUUAAAAAUACACCUAAGAUUGUUAAAAAUUUUGAUGAAAAAACUAAUAGUUCAAAUAAUAAUGAAAAAUCAAUAAACAUGCAAAAUAAAAGGAAUUGUAAAAAAUGUAACCAAAGACAUCCUAUAAAAGCUUGUCCUGCUUGGGGUUUGAAAUGUGAAAAAUGUGGCAUGUACAAUCAUUAUACUAAUUGUUGUCCAACUCAAUUUAAUGAAAAAAAAGAACAAAAAUCAAAUAUUGCUGGUAAUAUGAAUUUACAAAAAGAAAAUUUACAGAUUCCUAGUGCUCCACCACUUUUGGAUAUUGAUCCUAGAUUAUACCCAAAUUUAGAUCAUGUAAAAAUAUCUCAAGAAAGAAUGAAGAUAUGUAGUCAACAUACAAUUUCAUCGACACAGCCAAAUCCAUGGUCAUGGAUAGAGAAUAAAAAUAAAAUCAUUAAUGAAAAUUUACAAAAUAAUAAUAAUUCAUUGGUAAGUUUUUUUUAAAUUUUUGUAUAUAUAGUUUAUUAAAUUAUUAAAGUAUUUUAUUUUUACAUAAGCCUUCAGUAUCAAAUAUCAAUACCGGAUAUGAAUAUAAUAUGGAAAUUCCUGAAGUAAAAAAAGAAAGCACUAGUAACAUUGAUCAAAAUAAAAAUAUUUCUAAAAAUGAAUGUCGAAUAUCAUAGAAAAGCAUGUAAGAUAUUUUAAUUAUAUUAUUGUAUAACUUAAUAUUUUUUAUAAUAUGAUACCUUUGAUCAUUUAUUUUAAAAAUAAUUUAAAAAAUUGUGAUAUUAAAUAAAAGAAUAUAUUAUAU